CUAGCACACAAUGUGAUCCCUAUGGGCCGGCCCCAACGAUGAAACCGCAGCCUCUGGGGCCCUGCCAUCCGGAUGCUGCAGGGGUCCCGCUCGCUGGGGCACGUCCGUCCGGGAUGGCAAGCCUGCCUUGCUUUGCCUCGCCGCCGCCCGUCCAUCAAAAGGGCCUCAUCGCCAGGCCUCUCGGCGGCCCGGUUCUUCCUUUCCCUCUUUCCAACCUCAGUUGUCUACUGUCUUUUUCCGAGUUCAAUUCUUGACUCAAGUCUCUCCUUUCGGCUUCGGCUUCGUCGAUCUCUCCUUCAAUUUCAGCAUCAGCAACAACACGUAGUGUUUGAUCACACUCGCCCUCAUUCUUGCUCAUACCUUGGACGCGAAAUCGACUUUCGCUCACUUACGAACCCACGCUCUUUGCGCACUCAUCGACAAAGUCUAACUUUGCCCUUUUUCCCGAGCUCAGGAUCCUCGAAGGACCAGAAAACACAACUGCAGAUAUCCCUCUUGACAGCGCCCUGUGGGACAUCAAGCUCAGCAUUUCUCAUCACUUCCACGUAUCUUGUCAAGGCUACAUACACGACCAACCGCCAAAAUGAAGUCCACCACCUUUGCCAUCGGCCUCCUUGCCGGCGUUGCUUCCGCUGCCGUGCCUCAGCACAUGCACCACCCUCACCCGCGCUUCCUUCACCAGCACUGGCGCCGCUCCAACGAGACUUACCCGACCACCGCGGUUGAGUCUUCUCUGCCGUUGUCACCCAGGUUGUCGAUAUCACCACCAUUGUGUGCCCCGUCACCGAGGUUCCAGCCAUCUCGAGCUCCAUCGUCAGCGACUACACCAACGG